AUGAGCAACUUUCCAGCUCCAAAAAACGAUCUUAUAUUGAGAGCAGCAAAAGGAGAAAAAGUGGAGAGACCUCCAUGCUGGAUAAUGCGUCAAGCUGGUCGUUAUCUGCCGGAAUACCAUGAAGUGAAAAAUAACCGUGAUUUCUUCCAGACUUGCAGGGAUGCGGAAAUUGCUUCUGAAAUUACUAUCCAACCUGUGAGGCGUUACAGGGGCCUUAUUGAUGCUGCCAUUAUUUUCAGCGAUAUCUUGGUUAUUCCCCAAGCCAUGGGUAUGAAAGUUGAAAUGCUGGAAGGUAAAGGUCCACAUUUCCCAGAGCCUUUGAGAAAACCAGAAGAUCUUCAGACCGUGUUGGAUUACAAGGUUGAUGUUCUGAAAGAAUUGGAUUGGGCUUUUAAGGCAAUCACCAUGACAAGGAUCAAGCUGGAUGGUGAGGUCCCCUUAUUUGGCUUCUGUGGGGGGCCUUGGACUCUGCUGGUUUAUAUGACUGAAGGUGGCGGAUCUCGUCUUUUCAGAUUUGCCAAACAAUGGAUUAACAUGUAUUCAGAACUUUCUCAUAAAUUAUUGCAGAAAAUUACCGAUGUAGCCGUGGAGUUUCUAAGUCAGCAGGUGGUAGCAGGUGCUCAAAUACUGCAGGUUUUCGAAAGCUGGGGGGGCGAACUUUCAUCAAAGGACUUUGAUGAAUUCUCCUUACCAUACUUAAGACAGAUAGCUGAAAAAGUGCCAAAAAGGUUGCAAGAAUUAGGUAUCAUGGAAAAGAUUCCUAUGAUUGUUUUCGCGAAAGGCUCAUGGUAUGCUCUAGACAAGUUAUGCAGUUUAGGAUUUGAUGUUGUUUCAUUGGAUUGGAGCUGGGACCCAAGAGAGGCGGUUGAAAUCAACAAGAACCGUGUUACUUUGCAAGGGAACUUGGAUCCUGGCGUCAUGUAUGGUUCCAAAGAGAUGAUAACGAAGAAAGUCAAGCAGAUGAUAGACGCUUUUGGCGGUGGGAAGUCCCGCUACAUCGUAAAUUUCGGUCACGGCACCCACCCUUUCAUGGAUCCAGAUGUCAUCAAGUUCUUCUUGGAGGAGUGCCACAGGAUUGGUUCCCUGUAG